CAGGUAACAUGGCGAGUAAACACAGGUUGUACUAAGAGGUAUAAAAAACUAGCCUGUUGGUUCUCCACGACAGAAAGUUUCACCCCGAGCCCAAGUGAAUGUUGAUAGUGAAGCUGCCGGUGCCAGCGGAAAAGGGUGCCAGUGUGUUGCCUCAUGAUAGUGACCUGAGGGGCGCGACUCUUACUGCCUCCUCUGAAUAAUAAUGACCAAGUAAUAGUGUUGUGGUUGUUGACCCUUGUGUGGUGUUGUACACGGGUGCCGCUGUUGAACUAAAGCGGCCAUGAAUGGUCCUACAGAACUGGACCUCGCUGGUGUGAUGGAGAAGCUGAGGGACAGAGAGAAUCCCCCUGAAGGGAUGAAUCCGUCGACGCGGCCGGUUGUGGUGGUGGAGGGUGUGGAGGUUGACCCGGUGGUGAUGGAGGGGGAUAUCGCGGAGGGGUACUGGGCGGGCAUUCCACCCCAGCUGAGUGUCACUAACUGGGGCACCCCGAGCGGACCUUCCAGCGACUCCUGCUCCUCCUCUCGCUCCCCCUCCCUCCUCUCCAUGUACUCCGACGGCUCCUGGAAUGACGGAUACACUACCCAGGCCCCUAACGACAGUGCCCCCGCCAGAGUCAGUGAGCAGUCUCGGUGUCGACACGCCUCCACCUCCAUCAGCCACCCUGCGGAUCCAUGCGAGAAUAAUUUAGCCAACGCACGAUUCUGCGCCUCACAAGAUAACCUAGGACCCCAGGCUGACUACACGAAGCGGAAGCACUCCCUCAAAAACAUGUUCCUGGAUGUGUUUCAUCUUGAGUCCAGUCACCGCAAGCGGUCGGCUUCCAGUGCUGAGGGGCGCCACAGGGCCCACUCCAGCGGUGACUCACCAGUCAAAAAGCUCAUCUCCAGAAUUCGUUCUCGAUCCUCCAGUGACCUGUUGAGCCGCAGCUCCUCCUCCGGAAGCGUCGACCUGGAGCAGGAAAAAGAAGUUAACCUGAAUCCUGAAGUUAGAGAUGGUGAGGUGCUUGGUGUGGACUCGCUCCCUGCCACAGCCAUUAAUACUCGCCUUGUUGGCCGCUUCCGCAAAAACAAUGCAAACCAGAAGAAGCGACGGUGGAGCCUCUUUGACCAGCACAUAAUGAAGAGUCAAGAUAGUCCUCCUGAUGAAGCCUCAGAAUAUAAUGUUCCCCUCAAGUAUGAGAACGAGAGAGAAGGACAGGGGCGGUGGGUGGUGACGCUGGAAAUGCCUGGAGAGUCCAAAACAGACAAAGGAGAGGCUCCUCCAGAAGUCUUCAAGGACUCUAGUGACGCCAGCCAUCAGAAGCCACGACUGGUUCGUACUCGCUCCAACUCGGAGUCGACCAUUCUCGUUGUGGAGAAAAAACGAAAGAAAAGGAAAGACUCGCGCAUGAUCGACCGCCUGCUGGACUUUCGGCUCAAGAAGAGCUUAUUGCGGGGCAGUCUGCCAACACUCCUGGGAGAUAAAGUCUCCAGCCAGCCCGCUGACACCAAAAUUCCUUCCAAACUGCUGGAGGAUAACGAGAACGUGUUCACCGACAACCUGCCCGUCCCCGGCGACGUCCCCAGCACCUUCAAGACUCCCCGCACACAGUCCAUGCAGAACCUCACUGACUACGCGGUCGACGAUUACUUCAGCCCGGAGAUCGACCGUCGCUACUCUACUGACGACAUGGACUCCUAUCGAGAGUCGGACAGAAACAAGGAGAACCUGCCCCACUACCUGACUGUCGACCAGUCCAGGAACCGUCGACACCGCUUCUCUAUCGACAACCUGUGGAACGCUCUCAAGGGCAAGAGCCGGAGUGUGGACCACACCAUCCACAACCCUUUCGACCUGGAUGCCCUCCGCCGCAAGAUAGGGGAACGCACCACCUCCGAGCCCUCUAGGGACAUCUCCUCCCCCUCACCAGGAGCCGUACCUGGUGUGGGCGUGCAUCAGGCUAGCAGGGUACCAGGAGCCGUACCUGGUGUGGGCGUGCAUCAGCAUAGCAGGUCCCUGAGCCGUACCUGGUGUGGGCGUGCAUCAGUUAGCACGGUACCAGGAGCCGUACCUGGUGUGGGCGUGCAUCAGUUAGUAGGGUACCAGGAGCCGUACCUGGUGUGGGCGUGUGCAUCAGUUAGGCAGGGUACCUGGAGCCGUACCUGGUGUGUGGGCGUGCAUCAGUUAGUAGGGUACCUGAGCGUACUCUGUGGUGUGGGCGUGCAUCAGUUAGCAGGGUCCCUGGAGCCGUACCUGGUGUGGGCGUGCAUCAGUUAG